ACCGCUGAUUUGAUUUGAGUCGGCGCAGAAGAGCGCGAAAAUGAAAAACGAAGAGAACGCAGGAGAGUCGAACGGUAAUUCGGUCGCAGCAAAAUAAACUUUUAGAAUCGCCAGCGAGAGCAGUCUUAAAAGCCUGAGAAAAACUAAAAAACAGCGGCCUUUGACCACCUGACUAUCAAAACCAUUUAGAGGAAAGGAUAAUCACAACACGAUGAGCAGGAGAAGUGGAAACCAGGACGUGAAAUCGGAGAAGAUGCAGCGCUACUACGCGGAACGGGAGACCACAGGACCCGAGUUCGACGAUCGCCUGAUUAAGCUGGUGCGAGCUAAUCCGGCCAUAUACGAUGUCAGUCAUCCGCACUAUCGCCGCAACCCAGUAAGAGUGGAUAUAUGGGAUCGUAUUGCCAACGAACUGGGUGCCUCCUCUCGAUUCCUACAGACCAAGUGGAAAAACAUACGCUACAACUAUCUGCAGGAGGUCAAGGCGAUUGAGACUGGCCAGACGAACCCGAAUGUGCGCAAGCGGCGCUUCACCGAGGAUCUUUCCUUCCUGCAGAACACGGCCCAGACCUACAAUGUGAAGAAAGCGCAAAACUUCGUGGCUCCCCAAAACGGCGGCGGCAGUGACAACGACAGCAACAGCUUCCUGUAUCCCGAUCCAGAGCAUCUGAAGAUCGACGCCUCCGAGGGCUACGACAUCAUCGAACUGGACAACAGCGAGGAUGGCUCCAACAGCGACGACAACGAGAUUGUGCCGGAGCUGCAGCUGGUCAUGGAGGAGCCCAAACUGGAUCAUUCCCUGCAGACGACACUCAACGGCACCAGCAGCAGCAAUCACAGUCACGAACAUGACUCGCCGGCCUCCUCGCCCCUGCUCACGCCCAUGGUGGUCAUGGGCAAUGGCUACGACCAGGAGGUGCAUCCCAAGCCCGAGCAGAAAAACCUCAAGAACAGCUCACUGUCCAACGGAGAGGUGACCAUCGAACCCAUUUACAAGCCGGCGGCCACCAGGCGCACGUUACCCAGCGAUUUUCUAAGCAAUCCUUUCAAGCGCAAAGCCACCGAAACGCCGCUCCAGCCCCAGGUAACGCCCUACAGCGAUCCCAUCGAGCUGUACUGCCUCUCGCUGGUGGACACACUCCGCAGCAUGCCUAGGUCAGAGCGGGAACGAGUCAAGUUCGAGUUCGCCAGCAUUCUGAAGGACGCGAAGUAUAAGGACGAGUCCUAAGGCGUCGCUAUCCCAUAAACAUUACGUACAAUUCUCUAUUAGUCACCUUAGUCGUAAACAACGCACUUAACACUCAUUUUUAUACACUCCGUUUAUGUAUUAUUAAACUUACAUAUUUUUUGUUCUGCGUCUUAGGCUAAGUCUAAGUUAAUUUGUAUUAAGAUGAGGCAAUAUGUGUCCAUAUCUACUCAGUUGUAUCAACAAAAAUACGAAAUAAAUUAUGCACAAAACAAGA